GUGUUUGGCGCCAUCUAGUGGUUGCUUUGUCUUAAACAAGGAGAUUUCAAUGUUUUAUCAUCCAACUCAGUUUUUUGCAUCAUAAGAUAAAUUAUCUUGGCUUGUCACAGUACUGUACACAUCUGAAUAAUGCUUAAUUUUGGAUGUCAAAGAAAAUGCAGCCUUUGUUUGUCUCCCUCUGCUCUGGCCUAGUUAAACUUUUACAGCCCUGUGUGUUUUGAAAAUGAGUCCACUUCCAUAGCAACCUUCAGUGUGUAUGUAAUGACACUGAGAGGUCGGUGUCUGGACGAAUGUUGGAAUGGCAGUCGGUCUGAAUUUACUGUAAGGGCGGUUUCAUGUGAGGAACAAUGUGUGGUGUAACUUUCACAGAGUUGACGAAUCUAACUGCUGAAAAUUUUGAGAACUGCCUGGCCACUGAUGACGUUUUGAUUCACUACUUCAAUGACUUCUUAAGUCUGCCGUCUUUCCCGAGGGCUUUUCUCUACAAUAGAGAGACGGGGCUGUUUGAAGUGGUGACCGGUGCUGCUGAGGUUGUGUCUAGCAGUAUCAGGUCAGAUCUACACCGCAGCAAAUCCCAACUCUUGACUGGUGACCCCAGAGCACUGGCCAGAUACCCUCCAGUAGACAACCAUUACACUGUCUGUUGCCUGGAUAAAGACCAAGGAAUUCGGUGGAUAGUGUCAGAAAGAUUACCCUCUUUCCUUAAAAGUGACUGCUACAAUGAAUACAGGCUUGUCAAGCUGUUGCUUCAGUGCGACCCAAAUCUCUGUACUGAGAGGAGUGUCACAUCUAAUAAAUCCUUUGAAUCAACACCACAGCAACAUUCACGAGCCCAGAUCAGUUUGGAAGAUAAACCACUGAAAGGCUCACAUUCUCCAGAGAACCGAGGAUUCACGAGGAUGCACAGCGUUGCACACCUACCAUCUGAACAGGAACUCUACACAAAAUGCAGCCAGUCUUCUGGAUGUUUCUCUAGCUGCUCAGAGUCAGAGGACCUACAUGCCGUUUCUUCUUCCUCUUCAUUCUAUAACCUUGCAUUUAAGAAAACCAGAAACUGCAUUUCACAGACAGAUUUAACAGCACUAUCAGAUAGUAAAUCAGAGAAUCAACAUCCCACAGGAUGUCCCAGCGACAGCUGUGACUCUUUUGAACAACAAAUGGAGCACAGGGCUGCUGAAUUGGUUCAAGAGGUACUGAGCAAUGCACUGAGUUUGAUCAACGGUCAGAGCCAGGCAAACUCUUCUGAAUGUCUCUGCAAGUCAGAAGAGGAGACAAACUGCAGCAGCACAGAAAGGUCCUGUGAAAGUAAAGCUGUCCGGCACCGGCUCAGCGAAGGAAGAAAAAGAUUUGUGGGCAAGAAGGAGAGUGGAGAGGAAGAAAAGACAGAGAGGCCUAAGAAGAAUUGUGAGGUGGGAAGUUGGGGCACGGACCAGGAAAAAGUCCUUGAUAUUUGUUGCCAUGGUCCCUGUUGUUAUAGCAGCAGACCAUGCUUUGAUGAGUUCAAGGAGUUUUUGCAAGGAACGCCUGGAGAGAAGCUGCUUAAUUUCUGGAUGGAUAUAGAGAGGCUAAAAGCUACACAGAACAGAGAGCGAAAGAAAAGGUAUGUGUUCUUAAUGAGAAGCUGCUAUUUGCUGAGCAGCAGCCACAGCAGUCUCAAUGUAGAGCUGCUCUCCAGACUGGGGCUGUCUACCUCCCCCUGCUGGACAGAGGAAAAACUGCACUUAAUUCAACCUCACCUUUUGGAGCCUCUGCGCAGCUACUGGGUUCCCAGGUUCUGGACUUCCCAGCGUGUCCAGAGAGUCCAUGAUGAUUCUCCUCAUAUAGGACUGUGGGCAGACAUGUGUGGAGCUCCUCCGUCAAGCAUUCCGCCCCAGUUUGACGGUGUGACGCAGCCUAACCUCUCUCCAGACGCCCCCCUGCCCCAGUCCUCCUUAACGCUCCACACACAGUUGUACUCCAGCAGAAGUCAGUUCCUGAGCAGCAGACGAAUGGAGGAGAUGUUACAGGCUCUUUAUGUUGAACCAUUGGCUGGUUUAUACUUCACAAACUUCUGUGAACAAUCUGGAAACCAGCUGUGGGAAAAUGCAGUCAACUUCUGGACAGACCUGCAGAACUACUGUGAGCUGUUCUAUCAAGCAGGACUAGAUCCCUACAGGGUACAGAGAGAGUCACAGCUGCUUUACUCCGCCUAUAUCUGUAGCUCUGCCAGGAGGAGUGUUGGUGUUAAUGAAGAGAUCAGAAAGGACGUGUACAACCAUAUGAUCCCUGCUAAUGAGGAGCUUUUUGACAAGGCUGAGGAACACGCACUGAACAUCCUUCUAGAGCCGUGGUCACUGAUGGUCAGCAGAGAUGAAGAGUCCUUCCAGAGGGUCCACCUGCAGGAGGAGGUACGCUUUGUGGACAGUCAGGAGUACAGGGAACUCCAGAAACUUUAUGAGGAAUCAAAGCGUCGUCUAAAUGAAGCGGAGCAGUGUAGGUCUGAGCUAUUCUCUCCUGUUACUCCCUCUUCUUCCCUCUCAAACGGCCCCUUGGCAGCAGACUCCUGGUCAAGAGUGUCUCCAAACUACCAAGGCUACCGUCUCGGGUCUUUACUUCGUCACCGUCAUGAGAUUGGACACUUCAUGUCCUUCCUGCAGAAUCAGAAUGCCAGUAUUCAUCUAACAUGCUGGCUGGAUCUGGAGCAAUACAGGAGGACUCGUCAGAGUGACACGGCUGUCAGACAGGAGAGGUCGUUUCAUAUCGCAACCAAAUACCUCAACGGGAUGUACUUCUUUGGCCCCGACAGCCCCGCCACAACAGAACAACAGAAUGAUAUUUUGCGGUCAGCAGGUGGACUGGAGCGUCUCAAACUGGAAUGUCUCUCCAACCCAGUGGUUGUGAAGAUCCAGGACGUUGUCAGGAGUCACAUUGAGAAAACAUGGCUGCCUCUGUUUUUGUCAACAGCAGAGUUCACAGCGCGGCGGGAGCAGCAGCCAGAGCCCCUAGCAGCAGAAAGGUUCACACUAAACCCCUACCGCCGGCGCAGAAGGAGAAGAGAAGCCUGGAAGGCUGAAGGAUUGUGGAUGAGUUCCUCCAAAGAGGGUCUGCUGUUUCGUCGGAUCUUGCUUAACCCCGUAACAUGUGUGCAGUUCCAGCACUUCGUCUCUCUGAAGGGAGACUUCCUAGAAAAUGACUUGCUCUUCUGGCUGGAGGUGCAGAGGUACAAGGACCUCUGCCAUUCCCACAGCGAUGAGGCCACCAUCCAGCAGAAAAUCUCCAUCAUUAUCGACUGCUUCAUAAACUCCUCCAUGCCUCCCGCCCUACAGAUAGACAUCCCUCCUGAACAGGCCCAGAACAUUCUGGAGAAACGCCACGAGCUGGGCCCUUACAUCUUCAGAGAGGCACAGAUGACGGUGUUUAGUGAGCUGCUGAAAUUCUGGCCUGAAUUCAAGGAGCUGAGCAGCAGCAUCCCACAGGAGCAACUCCUCCCUCUGCUGCAGGAGAAAGGGGUCGCCCACAGAGCCAGAGUGCGGAGACUGAAGAGGAAGGAGGAGGAGGAGGAAGAGAUGGAGAGGACCAGAGCUCAGGAAGAGCUGCAGAGACCAGAGUCCAGUCUUCCAGAGGAGAAUGAAACAGAUGAUGACGAUGACGUAACAGUGGAACAAGAACAAAGUAGAGAAAAAACUCCCACACACUGGUUUUCCUGGUCCUACACCAAGUACAUGGCAGCUCUAAAGAGAGAGGAAGUGCUGCUGAAAAAACAGAAUGAGCUGGAAGCUUCAUCCUCCACGGCCUCAGACUCUUCCUCUCACUGCAGCAUCAUGUCAGCAGGCAGGAGAACCAGCCGCAAGCCGCCCUCACGCUGCUCCGCUGGGACAGAGAGCAAACAGUCUAAGGGAACUGUCCGAGCCUGCAACAUGAAAUGAAACCAGAAUAAACUGAGACGAGAGCUGCUGCUGACAUCUGGACGGUGAUGUAAAAAUGUUCUGAGACCCUGGGACAGAUAUUUACCUCACUGCUUCUGUUUGAUUCCAG